AUGGCAUGCCAGGCGGACAACGACGGUGACAUCAACAGACUAAACGAGACUUCACAUUACGCUGGGGCGGCCAACUUUGAGAGGCCUCGCCUUUUAUUGCCCCGGCGAGUCAGCCAUACGCUUCCUCCACCCGACGCCAUCGUCCUGUAUCUGGUUGAGGCCGGAUUCGGUGACACGGUGCCGCUCAGGGACUUAACAUUUGACAAUUUCCUGAUUUCGGUACUCGUGGAGCGAUGGCGUCCAGAGACGCACACGUUUCAUCUUCCGUGGGGUGAGGUCACUAUCACCCUGCAGGACGUGGCGUACCACCUCGGCCUGCGUGCACACGGGAACCCCAUUGAAGGGUGCCUUCGUGACUUCGGUCGGUGGUACGGCACUGAGACGUGGGUGAUGGUGGAGCAGCUAAUUGGUGCCAGGCCACCGGUGGCGGCACAGCAGGCGGAGCAGAAGAAGGAGUCGUUCACGCUGAAGCUGGUCUGGUUGCAUGAUCGUGUACGAUAG